AUGCGGCGCGUGGCCCAGAAGAAGAAGUGCCUCCAGCACCGCGCGCUAAUCGUGGCGUGGUUACGAGUCAAUUACUGCCUCAGAGAGUGCGGCUCCAUCGCCAAAUGUGAGGUGUUCCUCCACUACACCGAGCUGUGCCAUGCCAACACAAUUCAACCCUCAUCGGCCGCGGCGUUCGGUAAGAUUUUGAAGAUGGCCUUCCCGACGGUCAAGUGCAACCGCGUCGGCCCUCGAGGCGCCUCCAAGCACCACUACCGGGGUCUGGUGCUGAAGGAUGACUACCAGCUCUCGCUGGCCAACGUGGAGCCGCUCAGCGAGGCAGCGAUCACGCAGCUGAUGAAGGAGGAGGCCGACGCCGAGGCAGCGAGCAAGGCCCAGCGAGGCAAGAUCCGCGGUGGCCGGCGUCGCCGCGGCGCCGACGGCGACGACGAAGACGAGGAGGACCACGACGACGACGACGACGAAGACGAUGAAGAGGAAGACGACGACUACGGCGGCGAUGACGGCAGCCAGCAGAGCGAUCGACGGACCAUGAAGAUGAUGGUGCUCUCCCCACCUCAGCCGCUCUCUUCAUCGACUUCCUCCACCACCUCGCCCCACACGUCGUCGCCCAUGUCCCGCCCAGCGGCCCACCAGCACCAGCACCACCCCUACGCCCUCCAACAGCGGCCGCUCGACCACCCGCCACAGCCGCACCCAUUCCCCGGCGCCGGCUACCUGGGCGGGUACCCGCCGCUACCGCCGCCGCAGCCGACCACCGCUUAUAUGCUGCCGCCCCACCCGCAGCUCCAGCCGCCGCACUAUCACCACCAGGCGCAGACGGGCCAGACGGCGGCGACGAAGGAGUCGUUUUCGUGGAUCUCGCCCGACAUGGACCACGCCGCCAGGCGGCCCGCGCCGUCGGUCCAGGCCCAGCAGGAGGCCCAGUCGCCGACUCAACCGAUGCCACUGAACGACGCGGCGCUGCGAGAGUGGGCAGAGAAGAGGGAUCUGGUCGAGUUCUGCGAGCGCAACUUCCAGGCGCUCUACGACAAUGUCCACCGGACACUCAGUGGCGGCGGCGGCCACGAGCCCCGGGAGCAGGUGCUGACCAGCAUCGCCGACGCCUGGAAGAACCUCCGGCAGUACACCCGGCACAUGCACCUCUUUCCCGAAUCCGCCACGUCAUCCACGUCACCCACAGCUCCGAUGUCGACCACCACCACUACGGCGACGACGUCGGCCGAGCGGACCACCGACUGCCGAGCCCCGACGCCGCCACCCACGCACCAUCAGCCGCCACCACCUCCUCAGCCGCAGCCACCGCCCAGCCCGAUGAACAUGUCCGCUCCGCCAUUCGCACACUUUGCGAUGGUGCCGCUGCCGCCGUCGUACUACGCGCGAGCCGGCACGCCGCCGCCGCUCAGUGGUGGUCGUGGCUCGUCCCUGUCCCUGUCCUGGCUCGCCAACUCGCUGGCCAUGUCCAUGGGCAGCGGCGCCGGCGCCGGCGGCACCAGCAGCCACCAGCUCGCCACCACCCCAACGCCACCGCCCGGGUACCUGCAGCAACCUCCAGGUCCUCAGGGCAACGGCGGCGGUGGCGGCGGCGGCGAAGGCUCGUCAGGGCCGGACCGAGGCAACCUCGAGUUCCGAUCUUUCGAGUGGAAGGGCGUGUACGAGUAG